AUGUUAAAAAUAAUUAUCAGUUGGAUUGGUUUAUUACUGAUCGUCUGUGUACCAUUAGUAGAAAAUCGUUUAACUAGUAAUUUAAGGAAUGGUGUCAAUGGUGGUGUAGAUUGUGCAACUUGUUCAGUACUUUUGGGAAUUGUUGAUCAUCUUACAAUUGUUUAUAAUGAAAGUGCUACUCAUGCACUUGAACAACUUUGCUCAUUUUUACCAUCUGAAUACAAAGUUUAUUGUUUAGCUGCUGUUGACUUUUUAGGUCCAUAUAUUAUUGAUGGUUUUAUUAAAGGAGAUAAUCCUGAUGUUAUUUGUCAUUCAUUAAAAUUUUGUAAAGAUGAACCUGAUCAAGGUAAAUGUCGUAUUUAUCCAUCAAAAUCUCCAAUUUUAUUUACUGAACGUGUUUUAAAUUUUCGUCAACGACAUCCAUCAAUUGAUUUACAUAUAAAUGAUCCAAAAAUUUGUGAAAUUCCUGGCAUAAAAGAAAUUUGUAAAAUUCUAGAAAAUAUCUUCAAUAAUCAUAAGCCAGCAAUUGAUUUUGAUCAGGAUAGAUUUGGUACAGAACCAACACUUCGUGGUAGUUCAUGGCGUGGAAAAGAUUGUAAUGAUUUUUCAUCAUCAAGUCGUCCUGGUGCUCAAGUUCUUAAUGGUGAUUCUGUUGUAGAUCAUAAUUGUAAUGGUAUAUAUGGUAUGAAUCCAACAAGUGGAAAACCAUGGGAAGAAGAACUUUGUAAUGAAACACAACGUAUGGGUAUAGCAGUAUUAGGUGAUUCAAUAUCUGCUCAUUUUCAUAUUCCGGAACAAUGGUUAGAUGCUAAACAAUUAUCUGCAACUGUAUUUGAACAUUUAACAUUUAUUCUUGAAAAUGAACUUGAUUGGCCUCAAUUAUCAGGUACUACAGGUCAUAUAAAUGUUAGUUGGCCAAAUAUUGAUGGUCCAACUCGUUCAGUGUAUGCUCGUUUGUUUGAACUUGAUCAUUGUAAUCAUCGUGAUUAUCAAAAUAUUGCUGUUAAUGGAGCUCGUAGUGGUUCUAUGCUUGAUAUUAUGAAAUCAUUAUCACGUAGUCCAAAAAAUGAUGUACCACUUUUAGUCAUGUAUUCAUUAGUUGGUAAUGAUGUUUGUAAUGGUCAUCCAGAUACAAUCGAUCAUAUGACUACUGUAGAAGAAAUGAAAAAAAAUGUUUUAACUACACUUGAAUAUCUUGAUACAGUCUUACCAAAAGGUAGUCAUGUAUUAACAACUGGUUUAGCUAAUGGUAGUCUUUUAUAUGACUUAUUACAUGAUCGUAUUCAUCCAUUUGGUCGUGUUGGUACACCAAUUUCUUAUACACAAAUCUAUGAUUAUUUAUCUUGUUUACAAAUUUCACCAUGUAAUGGAUGGAUGACAUCAAAUGCUACACUUCGUGCAUUAACUACACAACGAGCUAUGGAAUUAUCUGCAGCCGUACGAAAUGUAACAUAUACUUAUAAACCUAUGCAAUAUGAUAUUGAAUAUCUUGAUUUUCCAUUUAAUGAUGUUAUUCAAGAAUGGGUAGCACAAGGUGGUGAACCAUGGCAAUUAAUUGAAAGUGUUGAUGGUUUUCAUAUAAAUCAAUAUGGACAUGCAACUGUUUCUGAUGUUCUUUGGAAAUGGUUACAAACAAAUAAACCACAAUGGUUACCACCACUUAAUCUACAUAAUGCAGACAUUGAACGUGUUUUUAAAGAUCAAGGUGGAUAUUAA